UCAUUGCGUGGAACGACUUACAUCAUCACCGCUUGACCUACUUAGGAAGAGGAAGUUGGUGACAGGGGUGACAGGAACCAUUGUUUACUUUUUAGAAAUGACCUGAGUUUCUGAAAAAAAACUACUUUGACAUCUGAUAAAAGUUACAAAUUUGACGUAGCAAGCUGUAAAGAUGAAGUUUGCAGAGCAUCUUGGGGCCCACAUAACGCCCGAGUGGAGAAAGCAGUACAUUCAGUAUGAGGUGAUGAAGGAUAUGCUGUAUCAAGCCCAAGAACAGGCCCCCUCUGAGGAAGUGACUGAUGAGAGUAUUAUUCAGCGCUACUUUGCCAGAUUUGAUGAGAACUUUUUUCAGUUCUGUGAUAAAGAGCUUGCCAAAAUCAACACAUUUUUCUAUGAGAAGAUCUCGGAGGCAACGAGGAAGUACGCGAGUCUGAAGUCGGACCUUCAACACUACACGGAGCAUGAGAAAAAACCCUCCACCCUUCAUCUGCGGCGACGAAGAGCCAGUGUCGGCUUCUUCAAGGAGAAGGAAAACAAGGAGCUUAACAGGACUCGCAAGCUCCAUGAUAUGAAGCUGGCCUUCAGUGAGUUCUACUUGAGUCUGAUACUCCUUCAAAACUACCAGACCCUUAACUUCACUGGAUUCCGCAAAAUCCUCAAGAAACAUGAUAAGUUAAUGAAGACGACCCGGGGGAUGGUAUGGCGACGGUCACACGUUGACACGGCAGCUUUCUACACAAACAAGGAGGUUGACCAUCUCAUAAAUGAAGUUGAGCAAAAUGUAACCACAAGCCUGGAGGGAGGGAACAGAUCGAAAGCAAUGAAAAGACUGAGGGUUCCACCACUCGGAGAUAAGGAAAACCCUAUGACCACAUUCCGAGUGGGCUUGUUUUCGGGUGUGUUUGCUGUCCUUGUUAUUGUCAUCAUGAUCUCGGCAUUCUUCACAUGGCAGCCUGGACCUUGGGAGCCAGCCCUGAGAAUGUACCGAGGGAUGUUCAUUGUGAUCCUCGACAUCUUUCUGCUCGGUAUUAACACAUAUGGUUGGCGAUCCUCUGGAGUGAAUCAUGUGCUCAUUUUUGAGAUCGACCCUAGACAUCAUCUUACACAUCAACAGCUCAUGGAGCUGUCCACGGGCCUAGCGGUUGUCUGGUGUGUGAGUACGCUGGGAUAUCUGUACAGCGAUUUACUUGGCGUGUCCGGGUACAUCUUCCCCCUGGCCAUGGCAGGCUUCAUGCUAUUGUUUCUUAUCAACCCACUCAAGAUACUACACCAUAGCUCUAGAAUGUGGCUCCUCAGAAUUCUGUUCCGGAUUUUCACCUCACCGUUCCACCAUGUGGGAUUUGCAGACUUUUGGCUGGCUGAUCAGCUGAACAGUCUAGUUACAGUUCUCCUGGAUUUUGAGUUCAUGGCUUGCUUCUAUGCAUUCGAGGUCGACUGGUUGGGGCCUGACAGACCAAGUGUUUGCACCAAACGAGUGUAUGGUAUACGAACAGUGAUCAGCAUCCUGCCAGCGUGGUUCAGAUUUGCUCAGUGCCUGCGCCGAUAUCGCGAUACAAAGCUUGUGUUUCCUCAUAUAAUCAAUGCCGGGAAAUAUUCCACUUCUUUCCUAACUGCGAUAUUUUCUACACUCUACCACUUACAGAUUGAGCUAAAUGGUGAAGAAAAUCGACAGAACCAUGCCUUCUUCUAUCUGUGGAUUGUGUCGGCUGUAUUCAGUUCCUGUUAUACGCUGACCUGGGACUUGAAGAUGGACUGGGGUUUGCUUGACUCUGGUGCAGGGGAAAAUAGGUUCUUAAGAGAAGAAACUGUGUAUGCAUAUAAGUUCUAUUACUACUUUGCGAUGGUGGAGGAUUUUGUUCUGCGGUUUGUGUGGUCGCUCUCUGUAUCCGUAGGUGAAGGUCUUCUUGUGCACAGUGAAAUCCUGCGCACCCUGCUUGCCUCACUGGAAAUAUUCAGGCGAUUUGUAUGGAACUUUUUCCGACUUGAAAAUGAGCACUUGAACAACUGUGGUCAAUUCAGAGCUGUCAGAGACAUUUCUAUAGCUCCGAUAGAUUCAAGCGAUCUUUCGCAGCUUAUCGAAAUGAUGGAUGAAGAUGAUGGUGCAUUUAUUCAUCGAUCUGAAAAACGUAGACUGAUUGGAAAGUCAAAACCUAAAGAUAAACUUCACCUCGAAGACAAAGUUCCUAACAACAUUCCUUGGAAGUUCAAGGGUGUGUAGUAUGCUGUGUCUAUUUAUAACCUUUGAAGAUCAAGCGUGCAAAGUGUACUGAGUCCAUUGUCACCUUGUACAUUCAAGGAUAUAUAGCCUGCUUUGAGGACAAGGUUCCUGACAACAUUCCUUUGAAGUUGAAGGGUGUAUAGUGUGCUGUGUCCAUUGUAGCCAUUGAAGAUCAAGUGUGUAAAGUGCAUCCAUCAUCAUCUUGUACACUCCUUGGAUGUAUAGCCUGGGUGACCAUUGUUAAUUUAGAAGUUGUCCUUUGUACAUUGUAACUCUGGAUAAAGGGUGUACACUAUAGUAAUCCAGCAUCCAUUGUCACCUUGGGAGUUCAAGGCAGUGUAGCCUGCUGCGUCUAUUGUGACCUUGGAAGUUCAAGGUUGUAAAAUAUGCUGUGUUAACUAACACCUUGGAAGGUCACAGAUUUGCAGCAUAAAGCAUUCAUUGUCUCCUUGGAAGUUCAAGGUCGUUAAGUGUGUUGCAUCAAUUUGGAAGUUUAAGGUAGUAAAGCUUGCUGCGUCCAUUUUUACCUUGGAAGUUCAAGGAAGUAUAGUGUGCUGCGUCCAUUGUCACCUUGAAAAUUCACGGGUGUAUAGCAUAAAGAAUUCAUUGUCACCUUGAAAGUUCAAGGUCAUGUAGCAUGCAGCAUCCAUUUUCACCUUGAAAAUUCAAGAUCAAAAAGCAUGCAGCAUCCAAUGUCACCAUGAAAGUUCAAGAUUGUUUAGCAUGCUGCGUCCAUUGUCAUCUUGAAGUUCAAUGAUGUAAAGGUACUAUGUCCCCAUUAUCACUUUGGUAGUUGAAAGGAGUAUAUAUAGUGUUGCUGUGGCCAUAGUCACCUUGGAUGUUAAAGGGUGUUUAGCAUGCUGUGACCAUUUUCACCUUGAAAGUCAUUCUGUGUCCAUUGCAACUUUGAAUCUUCAAGGAUGUAUAGCAUGCUUCAGCAAUUGUCAUUUUGGCAGUUCAAGGCUAUAUAACUGGCUGUGACCAUUGUCACCUGACUGUACAGCAUCUAUUGUUACCGUAUAUGUUCACAGGUGUAUAGUCUGUUGCGUCCAUUGUCACCCUGGAGUUCAAGGUCGUAAAGCGUGCUUCAUCCAUUGUCACCUUAGAGGUUCAAGGUCGUAUUGCAUGCUUUAUCCAUUGUCACCUUGGAAGUUCAAGUGUGAAUAACGUGCCUUGUCAAUUGCCACCUUAGGAGAUCAAGGGUAUAUAGCAUGCUGCGCCCAUUGCCACCUGGGGGUUUUAUAGUGUGCUGCAUCCAUUGUCACCUUCGAACUUUACAGGUGUAUAGCAUGCUACAUCCAUUGUCACCUUAAAAUUUCACAGUUGCAGAACAUGCUUAAUUUGUUGUCACCUUGGAAGUUCACAGGUGUAUAGUGUGCUUCACCCAUUGGAAUGGGUGAAUAACAAGGGUGAAUAACUUGCUGUGUCAACUGCUACCUUUGAAGUUCAAGGUUGUAUGUAUGCUGCUUCUAUUGCCACCUUUGAAGUUCAAUUAUGCAAGGCAUGCUACAUCCAUUGUCAUCUGGGAAGUUCACAGGUGUAUAGCAUGCUACAUCCAUUGACAUCUGGGAAGUUCACAGGUGAAUAGUAUGCUACAUCCAUCGUCAUCUGGGAAGUUCAAGGCUGAAUAGUGUGCUGUGUCAAUUGCCACCUUAAAAGUUCAGAAGUGUGUAGUAUGCUACAUUCAUUGUCACCUUGGAUGUUCAAGGUUGUACAGCAUGCUGUGACUUUUUCACCUAGUCUACUUGACAUCUGAUGAUAUUUGGAAUAUUUUGUUGUUGUUUUUCAAAAGUUAAUUUGAAAAUGAAUGUAUUUUAAGUAGGACAUGAAUUAUUAUAGGAAAGUGUAAGCUCACAGCAUCACUGCAUUUGUUACAAUUAUUAUAUUAAAUGAAAUAUCUACAGUAUUAUAUGAAUUGUAAAUAUUGUUUUACAAAAUGUAUAAUAUAUGAAUUGUAUAUGUUAAAAGAUAUGUGCAAUAAAGAGAAAAGCUAA